UAACAAGAGCUACGUACACUGUUCCCUAUGCUGCUACCAAAUGUAUUAUUGGCACAAACAUUCUCUCUUCCUAUCAAAAACAUCUCUUUAACGCAUCUUGGAAUAAUAUUUUCCUUUCUCAGAGCCAAAUCACAGCAAUGACUCAGUUUUGCUUUUAUUAGUAUUGUCUUUUGUUGCUUCCAAUUUUUGAGCUCUAGUUACAGAGUCAUUCUUAUCAACUGUAUGACCUUGUGCUUCAUAAUUUGAAAUUUCUACCUGCUUCUGCUGCUGUAUUUUCAAGGUCCUCAAGCUUUCAGUGCUUAACUUUGUGGUCUCUCCAGUAUUAGUAAUUGCCUUCCAACUUUUGUCAGUUUUGUACCUUUCCUGAUGGCUUUUUACAUCAAAGUACUACGAUAAGAUUACCCAAAAAUAGUCCCCAGAGAGUAAACUCUCUCCGCUCUGGAAGUUUCAUCCUCAAAAACUGUAGCCUCUCAUUCGUCUGGUUCACUGCAUCCUGACAUUUCUUCCUCUAAUUCUCAUUCAUUCUAUAAUUAAUAAAUGUAUUAUCUGGAUUGUUUUAAGGUAAACAUCAUAAAAAACCUGAAGCCUUAUCAGAAAGAGACACCACACUUGCCUAUCACAAUGUGCUUUUUUAAAGCUUCUAUUUUAUUUUACCCCAUUUUCCAGCAAUUUCUCUAUAUUGAUGUUUUUUUCCCUCUCAAUUCAUAAUGUUGCUGAGACUACAGUUUGCUCUGCCAAUCCUUUCAUAAGAACAGAUACCAUCCCAGGUAGUUAAUAGACAUUUCUGAAAAUGCCAUUCUACAUGAACCAAGCUAUUUCAACCAAAGAAUUUUAUAAAAGUUUUACAGCUAGAAUAUUUCAUCAAAUCUUUUUACGGAAAAUGAAUAAUUCACUAUGUUGUCUAAUAGUUAAUUGUUAUUGCUUAAAUAGAUGGAUUCAGAUGCACAUCUAUACUAUCUCAAACUUUGAAAUAAAUCACUUUUUUUUGGACACAAAAUGCACAGCUUAGGCCCAUCUGGAGUAGAUAACAAUUAUGCCCAGCUAGAGUUUCAAUCUCAAUAAUUUAUUGUAUCUUAUAAGCUGUCUUACUAGUAACUUCUUCAGGUUUUAGAUUCCAUACUAUUAUGACUUACUAUGGAUUUCAUUUCAGAGGCACUGGGAUCACAGAGUCAGCACACUAGAACAAAGAAAGAUCAGCAAAGCUUAGAAACCAAAUUUCAACUCUAUACAGAUACAACUGGAGAAGCAUGUCAGAUUUUGUUUAAUCAUUUGGAGACUCUUGACAAAUGCAGUUUCAAUGCCUCUCUUCCUCUCGUGAUGAUAGUCCAUGGCUGGUCGGUGGAUGGGAUUUUAGAAAGCUGGAUUUGGAAAAUGGCAGCAGCUCUGAAGUCUCAGCAUAGACAAAUUAAUGUGAUCAUUGCAGACUGGCUUACAUUUGCUCACCAGCACUAUCCCAUUGCUGUACAGAAUACACGCUACAUAGGACAGGAGAUAGCAGACUUCGUGGAAUGGCUGGAGGAAUCCAUUCAGUUUUCCAGAAGCAAUGUUCAUCUAAUUGGGUACAGCCUGGGAGCUCAUGUUUCAGGGUUUGCCGGUAGUUAUAUCAGUGGUACAAACAAGAUUGGAAGAAUUACAGGCCUUGACCCUGCUGGCCCCUUGUUUGAAGGAAUGUCACCAACAGACCGUUUAUCUCCAGAUGAUGCAAACUUCGUAGAUGCAAUUCAUACGUUCACUAAACAGCACAUGGGUCUCAGUGUUGGCAUCAAACAGCCUGUGGCCCAUUUCGAUUUUUAUCCCAAUGGAGGCACCUUUCAGCCUGGCUGUCACUUCAUGCAUGUGUAUAACCACAUUGCACAAUAUGGGAUCACUGGUAUCACACAAACUGUGAAAUGUGCCCAUGAGAGGUCAGUUCACUUGUUCAUUGAUUCCCUGCUUCACAAUGACAAGCAAAGCACAGCGUACUGGUGCAACGACAUCAACACUUUCGAGAAAGGAUUGUGCCUCAGCUGUAGGAAGAACCGGUGCAACACUCUGGGCUACAACAUCAGGGAGGAACGGCUCCCAAAAAGUAGAAGACUCUUUCUGAAAACAAGGGCACGUAUGCCUUUCAAAGUCUAUCAUUAUCAGUUCAAGAUCCACUUCAUAAAUGAAAUCCAAGGCAAGAAGAUAGACCCAACUUUUACCAUGUCUCUGACAGGCACUAAGGAGGAUGCUAAAAACCUGCCCAUCACACUAGUUGAAGGAAUUAAUGGGAAUAAAACCUACUCUUUUCUCAUCACACUGGACACUGAUAUUGGUGAGCUACUAAUGAUCAAGUUGAAAUGGGAAGGAACUGCAGUUUGGGAAAAUAUCUGGGACAAGUUUCAAACCAUAAUACCAUGGACAAAAGGCACCCGUCGACCAGGGCUCAUAGUGAAGACAAUACGAGUGAAAGCAGGGGAAACACAGCAAAAAAUGGCAUUUUGUUCUCAAAGCAUUGACAACGUUCACCUUUAUCCAGCCCAAGAGAAAACAUUUGUGAGAUGUGAAGAUCGAUUUCGACAACAAGAAAGGAAGUGAGCAAGAAGAAAACCAAAUACUUACUAAAAUAUAUUAAAAAUAGCACACAUCUAAUAGGAUGUUUUAAAAAUACAUAGCUUGCUAAGCACAAAUUUAAAAAUUCUGAUCGUUUCAGAGGUGAUGAAGAGAAUACAUAAAAAUGUAAAUUUUGUGAUGCAAUGGUAAACUGAAAGGGACUUUCCUGAUAUGCAAGCCUACUCUUGGUGAUUAAUGAGCAACUUUACUGACAGCAACAAUUAAUUUUAAAUUGGUUGAAGUUUGAAAUAAUGCUUGCUUGCUGGAAAUCAGAACGCUACUAUUUGAAAUAAUCAUUGAUACAGAUCUUUGAAAGGAGUUUCAGCUCAAAUUAAAUACUUAGAAACAUUAAUAGUGACUAUCCAUUAAAUAUUUCCUAAAUUAUUUCAUAGUGAAGAUGGAGUUCAACAGUAAAUAUACUCUGAAAUAGGUAACACUGUCAACAAAAAGUCUGAAUUCCUCACUUUAUGACUUUCAUAAACUAGAAAACAUCUCAAUGUAUAGACUGAUUGAGUUAUUCAUUGCAACUAUAUGGCAAGGAAAAUAACUGUAUCACCCCAAAAAGCUAUGCCUUAUUGGAAAAUGCUUUGCCAUUUAACUGCUUUAGAGUACUAAUUUAAAUUAAUAGUAAUUUAAUGAUGCUUAAUAUACUACUCACAACUGUGGCACAACGAAGUUCUGCUAACUUUCACACGAAAAUCAUAUUUACUUGUUCAUGUAAAACCUGAGAUUUUUACAUUUUAAAUUGCUGUAUAGCAGAUCUUAGUAUCAUUUUAAACUGUAUUAAAAAAUGAAAAUGGUAAAACUCUUAUCUCCAGUGCAUAUAAAUAAAUUUAAAAACUUCAAACAUACAAAAUUCUGUUGUUUCCUAUAUUGGAAUAUAAACUACAUAAACACUAUCAUCUCAGAUUAGUUGUGUUUUAUGCUUACUGCAGUAAUAGAAAUAAGUAGAAAGUAUUUCAUCCAUCACUUAAUAACUGUAAGUACAAUAGUCAUUAAAAAUUAAGUUUCUAUGACUAUUCUGAAUGUAUUUGUUAUAGAUGUUCUCUAAAUUGAAAAUAGAUAUAAAAUAAUCACAAGAACUGAUACCAUACUAUGAUACUGAAGGAAAUUUGGAAUCAAAAUAUACAGAUGUUACCAGAAUUAAAGUGAGAAUGAUUUAAAAAGUAUGACAAAUGAGCAGAGCAGAACCAGCAAACCUGCAAGCAGUGAACCAUCAUCAAACAGUGAACACGGACAACUUUGCUGAUCACUCAGAAUAGUAACUCCUAACUUUUAAAAGCUGCUUUCAAUAGCUAACAUUCACGUAAGUAAACAGGUAUAAUCAACACAGAAAAAGAAAGGCUGAAAUAAAGACCUCAUAAAAAGCACUUAGGCUGGUAAGAUGGCUUCUGAUGAGAGUUCUAUGACGUAAAACACAUACAUUCUCACAGCCUUUUAAGUCCUGAUUUUCCUGUAGCAACACAUCCUUACACAGUUAAGACAUUUUAGACAGUAAAAUUAGCUUCUAAUAGCACCACUACUUACUUGGUAAGAAGGUUGAAAAAGGGCUCUUAAAUGUAGAAAGAAGUUGAAAAGCAUUAGUCCAGGAAAAGCGGGUGAAAAAAAGUCAAAGAUGUCUGUCUGCUGUGUGCUGAAGCCCAAAUAACAGCGACGCUGCAGUCUGGGGACUUCUCUAGUUUCUGGGGAAAAAACAUUCUUCAGUUCAAGUGCAAACGAGCAGGUAUCUGCUCAGGUAACACACUUUGAGAACUUUUCUUCAGUCAAACAGAAAAAUUAAAACAUUUGAAUAUUUAAGCUCUUGAAGAUACUAAUAAAUUUAUUCCGAUGUCAUUUUUCACAAAUCAAAUGUCCAAACUAGUCCUGUCCCAACUAAAUCCUGUAUUUUUGAUAGCUGUUAGACUAAUUUCUGAUUUAAAAAUAACAAAGCAUACAUGGCAGCAUACACAAACUGCCUGACAAUGCCAGAAGAAAAUACUGAGGUCAUACCUAUGAUUCCAAGUGGCUACAGCGGUGCCUCACACUGUGCUCACUCAAACUGUUCCUGUAUCACUCCAGACAACUGAACUGAGACCCUGAAAGCCAUCAGAAGUCUGCUCCUGUCAGAGGAAGCACAGCUGAGAGUAACAUAAGGAGUGCUGAGCUUUUAAUCACCUGUGUUAUAAUGAGCCACCAAUGUUCUGAGGUAAAAUCUAUGCUUUGUUCUCCCCUCUUCUCCCCAAAAAGCAAUACUGGAACCUAAUCAAACGGCAAACUGCAUCACUGACUUCUAAUCUGUCUGGUUUAAAUAAAAUGAAGUUUUGUGAUUUAAGAGGAGUCUGUGAUGGCCUUCUCACAUUCCUACUAUUCUGACCAUUCAUGCUUCUACACCUAACAGUGAUGUUCCAUGAAUAAAACAGUAAGAAUCAUGAUUAAAGUGAAUAGCUAUAACCAGGAAUUGUUAGGUUAUUAGAUAAAAAAACUGCUAUUUAUGUACUCAUUGGUUUCCCCUAAACACAUUUAAAAACAUACACAAUGUGCAUUAUAUGCUUAGGCAUCAUUCCACUGCUUUGGGUUGGAUUCCUAGAAAUGUAAAUACAAAAGCCACCACAUCUAUUAGGUAACCAUGAUGCUGAUAUGCAGAAUGGAUCUACUCCAACUGAUUAUUUGGUUGUCUUUUGCCCUAACAGUGCUACUUAGCUAUAAAGGGAAACACUUACUCACAAACAUCAUGGGGAAAGCAAGUACUGUGAGAAAGGAACUCUGAAUAUGCUUUGAUUACAUCAAAGCCUAUUCCACUCAGUUAGGGAAACAGAUGUCUAAGCAGACUACUCUCAACAAACAUCCCUAAGAGGAAAGACUAGCUGCCAGAAGCUGGAGUUUAAAAGCAAUCUUAUCACCUAGAUCAACUUCACCAUGUAAAAGAAAACACACACAGCCUGGCAGCUUGAAAACACCUUGCAAAAAGUAGAUUUGAUCCUUCUAAAAGUCUAAUCCAUUAAAUGUGCACUCAUUAUUCUGUUAAUUGGGGUAUUCGUUCUCAAAAAUAAAUUCAUUUUACAAGGUAUCAUUCGCUAGCUAUAGUGCCACGCUUGAAUAACCCAAGAGUAACUAGUUUCUAUUUUAAAGAUGAAAAGAGAGAGCUUUAAAUCACUUGUAUGAUUCACAGAAAUAAAGAAAGACAUCGUUAGAGAUUUUCCUUAAAAAAGUUAACACAAGAAUAUUUGCUCUUGCAUUUAACCAUAAGACGUGAAAAUAGAA